AUGCUUUCGUUUGGACGAGUCGGAAAUGCGGCGUAUCGCGACGUACCCGGAGUCUAUACACAUAUUGCCGACCCCAAUGAGCGCCGGCGGAUGGCCCUCGCCGAGGUAGACAAGGCGCCCUUCGGCUGGUAUCAUAUACGACUAGCAGUCGUGACAGGCAUUGGUUUCUUCACCGAUGCGUACUCUCUGUUCGCCAUAAACCUAGCUGUCAUCCUGCUAGGAAUUGUGUACUGGCAAGAUACGGAACACCAAGGCGUCAUGCCCCAUGAUGCCGAUACAGCCAUCAAAGUCGCUACGUCCGCCGGCGCCAUCUUCGGCCAAUGUAUCUUUGGGUACUUGGGCGAUGUUCUAGGAAGGAAGAAGAUGUACGGAGUAGAGCUGAUGAUUAUUAUCUGCACAACACUCGCACAAUCGCUUUGCGGUGAAUCAGCGACCCUUUCAAUCGUGGGUGUGCUCAUCUUUUACAGAGUUGUAAUGGGAAUCGGCGUCGGUGGUGACUACCCGCUUAGUGCAGUUAUUACGGCAGAAUUUGCCAGUACCAGAUAUCGGGGAGGCAUCAUCGCCGCCGUUUUCGCCAUGCAAGGCCUCGGUCAACUUGCAGCCGCCUUAGUAACUCUCAUCGUAGUCAUAGUCUACAAAGACCACUUGAUCGUGGUAGCUAACGUUGGAGAAUGCGUCGGGCAGUGCUCCAUGCACGUUGACAAGAUGUGGCGCAUUAUCAUCGCCUUCGGUGGCAUUCCCGCCUGGUUCGCGCUUUACUACAGACUCACAGUACCGGAAACGCCACGAUACACGUUUGAUGUGCUGUACGAUGUUGAAAAGGCCUCAGUUGAUGCGCGAAAGUACCGCUAUGGUAAGCAGGGUAACGUGGUCAAUCCAGUCACACAGGCGAAGGCGCGUAGCGAGAUGGCCAAGUACAAGACGCCGCGGCCUACGUUGAUGGAAGUACUGCGGUUUUACUCACGGAAACGCCAAGCUAUCCGCCUAUUCGGCACCUCUAUGUCCUGGUUAUUUUUAGACAUGGCCUUCUAUGGUCUUGGCUUCUCCUCUGCAUCACUGAUGUCGACUAUGGGCUUCGACCAACGCGCAAACCUCUACCUCUACCUACGCAACAUGGCCACAGGGCAAAUUGUGCUCAUCUGCGCCGGUGCCCUUCCUGGCUACUGGCUCACCGUAUUCACCGUCGACACCAUAGGCCGCAAACCCAUUCAAAUCGCCGGGUUCGGAAUCCUGACCAUCAUCUUCUGUGUUCUUGGCUUCGCCUGGCAAGGCCUCACAAAAACCCACUUACUAGUACUAUACGUCUUAGCACAAUUCUUCUUCAACUUCGGGCCCAAUGCCACGACUUUCAUAGCGCCAGCCGAGAUCUUUCCGACUAGAGUACGAUGUACAGGCCAUGGGAUCAGCGCAGGAAUGGGCAAGUUAGGCGCCGUGUUCGCACAGAUUUUCUUUGCACCCAUGAUCAAGAGGGGGGCUACGCAUGACAAUCCUACGCCCUGGAUCCACGGUGUAAUGCAGAUUUUCGCGCUCUUCAUGUUCCUGGGUAUGCUUACCAGUUUUCUUGUUCCAGAGUCGAAGAGAGCAAGACUGGAGGAACUGGCUGGCGAAAAAGAGGACGUGUAUGAGUUACAGGCUGGCCAGUGGCGAAAUCGUGGUGGUGUUGCGAGUAGAGGGACUGUGAACGUGGAAGGUGCAUUGGGGAACAAUUCGAUAGUUUUUGCGAGGGGAAGCGGAAGUGCGAGUGCGAGGAGUGUGGACCGGGAUAGUGAAGGGGGAUUGAGGGAGGGGGACAUGGAGAAGAAGUGGUGGAGACACAGACAGAAGGAGAUUCAUCCUCAUGCUGUUUGA